AUUUUGCAAGAAAAAAGAUUUCGCGGCUCAAAAAAGCGAGUCUAACAACCAAGUCACCGAUCCCAACAAUCUAAGCGAAGAACUCAUAGAGAAAAACGAAAUGAUUGUGAAACAUAUAAUUUUAUUGAAACGAAAACGAAAUGAGAUGAUUGACGAGUACACAAACUACAAAAACGGGAACUCAGAUUUACAUGCCGAUAUAGAAAGGCUCACCUAUAAGGUCCAAUUGAUUAGUAAGAGUUUGGCGCAGAGAAUGAAGGCUAAAACGCUGUACGAUAAAACGUUAAGGGAAAUCGAAACGAAAUAUUCAGAGUUGGUUCAGCAUUCGGGAAAGCUUUUGGAUGCUGUGGAAAAAGAAAUAAACGAACUCCAAAGUUCAAUGCCAAUAAAAGAUGAUAAAUGCCUCCCGAAAGAGAACAUUGUGGCGAAUAUUAAACUAAAUUGUCUCGAAAUGGCCGAAUGCUCGCAAAAGCUCGACAGGGAAAACUUGACGAAAGAUCGCAUCUGCUGUUACGACGAAGUGCCAGUGCGGGAAAGUGCCAUUUCCACCCCUCAGCAGAGAGAAAGUCAGAACACCAAUAAACGGAGCAGCGAAGCUUCCAAAACGAGCCAAGACACGAAAAGUUCGCUCCGCAGCUCAGGCGAGUCAGCUUCGCCGUCAGGCUCCCAGGAAGCUAGUCAAGUAACGGAAGAGGAGGUCCAUGUAACGGAAGAAGCUGCCGAGGAAGAGAAGAUAUCGGAAGCCAGGGACUUCUUCGGUUCUUCGAUUCAGCUUGAAGAGGAUAAAUUGCCACAUAAGCCGGCGGAGCCCAAAAGAGAUAGCAACGGUAGAGCCAAUAGGCUUUCAUCGCUUAAAUAAAUUCUCCCAAGUAGGAUUGUUAUUGGAA